GCGGCGGUAGCAGCAGCGACGGCCGUACCAAGGAAGGGAGCUCCGUGCCCCGGCGCCCGGCCGGUGGUACCGCUUCCCCGAUCUACUAUGCCUCACUGAGCCUACCUCGUAGCUGAGUGGAGCCAAGCAAAGAGCACCCAUGGAUGGACCCCUGGCAGGUGGCCUGGCUGCCCCUGAUCGUCCUCGUGGCCCUGAGAGACUGCCUGGCCCAGCACCAAGGGAAGACAUUAAAGGUGGAGCUGAGGCUGCUGAGGGGGAAGGUGGCAUCUUUCGAUCCACCUACUACCUGCCUGUCACCAAGGAGGACCCCCAGGAAAUUCUGGAUGGCAGAGGUGGCAUUUCCGACGGGCAGCCCCAUCCCGGCCUCAGCGAAGCCCUCCCCCGUGCCACCUCCGCCACCCAUCGGAUCAGCAGCUGCUGCUGGGAUGGAGGCAGCCUAGACUUCCGGCCGGGCUCCCCACUACCCCAUCUUCUGGGCCACUUUUCUGGUCCACCUGAUGGCCAGGGGCCCUGGGAGCACCCUCUGGUCCAGGAGGCCAGGGAGAGCAUCCCAUCUGAGCAGAGGUUUGAGGACUCAGUCAUUGUAAGAACUGUGAAGACCCAUCCUGAGCUUGAGGGCUCUAGAAGGUUCUUGCAUCCCCAGUGUGAACCGAAGAUCUUGGAGAAGGUCUCCCGGGGCCUCCCCAGGUUGGACUGGCUCCCAGAUGGAGAUGAGCAGCCUCCACCUCAGGAUAUAGGGCUACACCUGGACCUGCCAUCUCAGCCACAGCCCCUUACCUCCUUCCGGACUGUGCUAGUGCCAGUAGAGGAUUCCACUAAGACACUGGAUGUAGUGGCAGCUGGCACCAGAGAGCACCUGAUGGACCUUGAAGGGCUAGCCCAGCAAUCUGAUGAGUGGGAUCUUCCCAGGUCAGCCUUAGAGGUGGCCACACAGACCUGGACAGUGAAUUCAGAGGCAUCUGUGGAACGACUUCAGCCACUGCUGCCCCUGGUCCGAACAGGACCAUACCUAUGCAAGCUGCUGGAAGAGGUGGCGGAGGGGGCAGCCAGUGAAGAUGAGGAUGAGGAUGAGGAGCCUGCUGUGUUCCCCUGUAUUGAGUGUAGUAUCUACUUCAAGCAGAAGGAGCACCUGCUGGAGCAUAUGAGCCAGCACCGCCGAACCCCAGAUCAGGAGCCCCAAACUGACCUAGCCCCAUUGGCCUGUGGAGAGUGUGGCUGGGCCUUCACUGACCCAGCAGCCCUUGAGCGGCACCGGCAGCUGCAUCAGGCAUCCCGGGAGAAGAUCAUCGAGGAGAUACAGAAGCUGAAGCAAGUUCCAGGAGAUGAGGGCCGGGCGGCAAGGCUGCAGUGCCCCAAGUGCAUCUUUGGCACCAAUUCCUCCAAGGCCUUUGUACAGCAUGCCAAGCUGCACGUGCGCCAGCCGCAGGGCCAAGCAGCCAAGGAGCCUUUUGGGGGCAGCAGUGGGACAGGCAGCCCAGGCCCUGAUGUUACCACCCUCACCUAUCAACCCUACCAGGGUUCCUCGGGCCUCAGUGCCUGUGUUUUCUGUGGCUUCCCCGCACCCAGUGAGAGCCUGCUCAGGGAGCAUGUGAGACUUGUACAUGCCCGUCCCCGCUGGGAGGAGGAUGGCGAGGCUUUGGAUGAGGACCCUGCCAGCCAGCCGGGUACCAGCCAGGAUGUGUAUGCCCGCUUCUCCACUGAAGACUACUUUGGCAAAGCUGAGCCACUCUUGGCCCCCACGUGGCGGGAGAAACCUGCUGGAUACAACCCCAGUCUGGCCUUUGGCCCAGGCUGCCAGCAGCUGGGCUUGAGGGAUUUCCCACUGUCAAAGCCUCUCCUUCCACAUGGCUUGGGCCAGAGGCCCCUAGGAAGCCCAGCCUUUUCCUCACCAAUAGCAUCUUCCCCCUAUUCCUUACAGCCCAGUAGAAGCAGAAGCAGUGUCCACCCACAGGGUCUCCCAGCCCAAAUGGAGGACCGGAGAUACCCUUGGAGUGAAGAAGAGGAAGAGGACAUACCACUGGUAUCAGAAAUGGACUUUUCCCCAGAAAAUGGCACCUUUCCACCCCAACUUGCCCCUGGCCUCAUCCCCCAACCAGCCUUGGCAUUGAAGCAAACUUUCCAAGAAGCCCUGAGGGCAGCUGAGGCCUCACAGGAACAGCAGCAGCAGCUCUGCAGAAUGGUGCCAGUGGUGCUGGUUGCAAAGCUGGGGUCACAGGUGAUGGCUGCUACAGCCAGGAUGCCUCCAAGGCUGCAGCCUGAGGAACUGGGGCUGGGGGUUACCCACCCAUUGGACUUCCUACUCCUGGAGGCACCACUAGGUGGCCCACUGGGACUGGACACACUCCUGGAUGGGGACCCAGCAGUGGUACUGAAACAUGAGGAGCGGAAAUGCCCUUAUUGCCCAGAUCGCUUCCACAAUGGCAUCGGCUUGGCCAACCAUGUUCGGGGCCACCUGAACCGUGUGGGAGUCAGCUACAACGUCCGACAUUUCAUCUCUGCUGAGGAGGUGAAGGCCAUCGAACGCAGGUUCUCCUUCCAAAAGAAGAAGAAAAAAGUGGCGAACUUUGACCCGGGCACCUUCAGUCUGAUGCGCUGUGACUUCUGUGGGGCUGGCUUUGACACCCGGGCUGGCCUCUCCAGCCAUGCCCGGGCCCACUUGCGGGACUUCGGCAUCACCAACUGGGAGCUCACCGUCUCACCCAUCAACAUCCUACAGGAGCUGCUAGCCACCUCCUCUGCUGAGCAGCCUCCCAGCCCCCUGGGCCAUGAGCCUGAAGGGCCACCUGGUGGCUUCCUGACUUCCCGCCGGCCCCGCUUAUCUCUCACAGUGCCCUUUCCACCUACCUGGGCUGAGGACCCUGGGCCAGCAUAUGGAGAUGGCCUAGGUUCUGAGGAAAACACAAUGGUGGCCAUGGACUUGGGUUCCCCCCCGCUCCCCAAGAAGAGCCUGCCUAUCCCUGGGCCCCUGGAGCAGGUGGCCAAUCGGCUGAGUAGCAAAGUGGCUGCAGAGGUUCCUCAUGGCAGCAAGCAGGAGCUGCCGGACCUCAAGGCUCAGAGCCUGACCACCUGUGAGGUCUGCGGCGCCUGCUUUGAGACACGGAAAGGCCUGUCUAGCCAUGCACGCUCCCACCUGCGGCAGCUGGGGGUUGCUGAGUCAGAGAGCAGUGGCGCCCCCAUCGACCUCCUCUACGAGCUUGUGAAGCAGAAAGGCCUGCCUGACACCCACCUUGGGCUGCCCCCAGGUCUGACCAAGAAGACCAGCUCUCCAAAGGAGGUGGUUGCUGGGGCCUCCCGGCCAGGCCUACUCACCUUGACCAAACCCCUGGAUGCUCCUGCAGUCAACAAGGCCAUCAAGUCUCCUCCUGGCUUCUCAGCCAAGGGUCUGGGUCACCCACCAAGUUCCCCACUCCUCAAGAAAGCACCGCUGGCCCUGGCAGGCUCCCCCACCCCCAAGAAUCCUGAAGACAAGAGCCCCCAGCUGUCCCUGAGCCCCCGGCCGGCUUCCCCAAAGGCACAGUGGCCCCAGUCUGAGGACGAGGGGCCUCUGAACCUCACUUUAGAUAGUGCCGGGGGCAGAGAGCUGGACUGCCAGCUGUGCGGUGCCUGGUUUGAGACCCGCAAGGGCCUGUCCAGCCACGCCCGCGCCCACCUGCGCCACCUGGGCGUCAGCGACCCGGACGCCAAGGGAUCCCCCAUAGACGUGCUCCACGGGCUCAUCAGGAGGGACGGCGUCCAGAUCCGCCUCCCAACAGGGCGCGGCGCCCUGGCCCACCUGGGUCGCCCUCCUCUGGCCUCCGCGGCCUUCUUGCUCCCCCCCCCACCGCCGGCCAAGAAGGCCAAGCUGAAGGCCGCGGGUAUGGCCAACCCCUGGGGGAAGCAGGACCUCUCGGCCGCUGCAGCCGCUGGCAUUUUCUGGGCCUCUGAUGUGGAGCCAUCUCCUCUCAACCUCUCCUCAGGCCCAGAGCCAGCCCGGGACAUCCGCUGUGAGUUCUGCGGUGAGUUCUUUGAGAACCGCAAGGGCCUAUCCAGCCAUGCACGUUCCCACCUGCGGCAGAUGGGUGUGACUGAAUGGUACGUCAAUGGCUCACCCAUCGACACACUGAGGGAGAUCCUCAAGAGACGGACCCAGUCCCGGCCUGGAGGACACCCCAACCCACCAGGGCCUAGCCCAAAAACCCUGGCCAAGGUGGUGGGCAGUGGAGGUCCUGGCAGCUCACUGGAAGCCCGCAGUCCCGCAGACCUUCACAUCUCACCCCUGGCCAAGAAGUUGCCACCGCCACCAGGCAGCCCCUUAGGCCACUCACCAACUGCCUCUCCUCCUACGGCCCGGAAGAUGUUCCCAGGCCUGGCUGCACCCUCCCUGCCUAAGAAGCUGAAGCCUGAACAAAUGCGGGUGGAGAUCAAGCGGGAGAUGCUGCCAGGGGCCCUUCAUGGGGAACCUCACCCAUCUGAGGGUCCCUGGGCGGCACCUCGGGAAGACUUGACCCCUCUGAACCUAUCGUCCCGGGCAGAGCCAGUGCGUGAUAUCCGCUGUGAGUUCUGUGGCGAGUUCUUCGAGAACCGCAAGGGUCUGUCGAGCCACGCGCGAUCCCACCUGCGGCAGAUGGGUGUGACCGAGUGGUCUGUCAAUGGCUCGCCCAUUGAUACGCUACGGGAGAUCCUCAAAAAGAAGUCCAAGCCAUGCCUCAUCAAGAAGGAGCCACCUGCUGGAGACUUGGCCCCUGCCUUGGCUGAGGACGGCCCCCCCACAGCGGCCCCAGGGCCCAUGCAGGGGCCCCUGCCACUGGCGCCUAUGGCUGGCCGGCUGGGUAAACCAGGAGCUGGCCCAGCCCAGGUUCCCCGUGAGCUCAGCCUGGCACCCAUAACUGGUGCCAAGCCCUCAGCCACCGGCUACCUGGGCUCAGUGGCAGCCAAGCGACCCUUGCAGGAGGACCGCCUCCUCCCGGCAGAGGUCAAGGCCAAGACAUACAUCCAGACUGAACUGCCCUUCAAGGCAAAGAGCCUACAUGAGAAGACCUCCCACUCCUCCACUGAGGCCUGUUGUGAGUUGUGUGGCCUUUACUUCGAAAACCGCAAGGCCCUGGCCAGCCACGCAAGGGCACACCUGCGGCAGUUUGGUGUGACAGAGUGGUGUGUGAACGGCUCACCCAUUGAGACACUCAGCGAAUGGAUCAAGCACAGGCCCCAGAAGGUGGGCGCCUACCGCAGCUACAUCCAGGGCGGCCGCCCCUUCACCAAGAAGUUCCGCAGUGCUGGCCAUGGCCGCGAUGGUGACAGGCGGCCGCCCCUGGGGCUGGCACCUGGGGGCCUGGCCAUGGUGGGCCGCAGUGCCGGGGGUGAGCCAGGGCCCGAGGCAGGCCGAGCAGCCGACAGUGGUGAACGGCCUCUAGCAGCCAGUCCACCAGGCACAGUGAAGGCUGAGGAGCACCAACGGCAAAAUAUCAACAAGUUUGAACGCCGACAAGCCCGCCCUCCAGAUGCCUCUGCAGCCCGGGGAGGUGAGGAGGCCAAUGACCUGCAGCAGAAGCUGGAGGAGGUCCGGCAACCCCCACCCCGGGUUCGGCCGGUUCCCUCCCUGGUACCCCGACCCCCCCAGACUUCACUUGUCAAGUUUGUUGGCAACAUCUACACCCUGAAGUGCAGGUUCUGUGAGGUGGAAUUCCAGGGGCCCCUCUCCAUCCAAGAGGAAUGGGUGCGGCACUUACAGCGGCACAUCCUGGAGAUGAAUUUCUCCAAAACGGACCCCCAACCCGACGAGCCCCAGGCACUGCAGGCACAGACAGCGGCAGCUGAGGCACCCUAACACAGAAGCAUUCCAGAUCUCCUCUUGUGCCACCUUCGUCUCCUCUUCCUCCCUCUGUUCCCUCUUUCUUUUCCGUUUCCAAAGGAGCAAGCCAGAACCUCAAACCGGCACCUGUUGGGGCCGGGCACACUACAGCCGGGGCAUCCUUACCCCAGCCUGAGGACACUGGGGCCACAGGGCAACUUCCUCCAGCCCACCCUCACCCAUUCCAGCAGGGGCAAUGGCCAGGUCUCUGGUCACAGGGGAGGCAGGCCAGCAUGCCCCUAUGUCUAGCAGCCAGAUAGGGCUAUGUUUGCCAUCUGUGGCCAUUUGCAAAGACCCCAAAGACCCCUGUCCUGGUUCCCUUUUGCCCUGGUUAAUAUCCUCUCACAUGCACGCUCAUGCGAACACAGACACGCACACACCUCGUGAGACCCGGGAUCUGCCCCAGCCCCCCAGUUCCUGAGUUGAACAACCACACGUCAUGCCACGGUGCUUGCUCAGGGGAAGGCACACUCCCUUUGCAGGCCUGAUAGGGCCAGGGAGCUCCCCACUGAGUCCACAAUGCCACGGAAAUCCUGUUGACCCCCCAGGGGCCUUCCCGGCUGGGAAGAGCUCAGAGCUGACAGCUGCCUCCUGCCAUGUCAAGGCCCCCCAGAGCCCCUGGACUCCAGAGCCCAGGAAGGGGUGGGGGUGGGAUUCUUCUCCCCCCACCCCUAUUCCCUUCCCUCUUUUCACUGUUGCUUUCUAUGUAUAGCUCCCUAGACCUUUCACUUUUUUAAAAACGCGUUUUGUGUAGAGAAUAAGGAACGUGAAUCUUUUUAUUUUGCAACCCUGGGCCAGCUAGAAACUGGGAGUCGAUUGACCUUUUAACUUUUUUCAGUGGCCACAUUUUGGUUAUCGAUGUACCUAGAAGUAUGUAAAUUAGAUUAAAUUUCUCUUCUGGAAACACCCCGGG